ACGGGGUGAUGAGGAGUCUGGUUUUGGGGUUGGAAUAAUCAAUGCGGGGUUUACCCACAUGAAUGUCCAGCGGUGAGUGGAAGUCUGACUAAAAACAGAACCACAUUUUUAACAGUUUUUAGACCCGAUCUGAUCCAGAAACGAUGGAUUCGCUAUUGUAUUUAGGUGGCCUGGUCGUUAUAUUCCUGCUGUGGAUCAAAGUCAAAGGUCUCGACUAUGUUAUCAUCCACCAGAGGUGGAUAUUUGUUUGUUUGUUUCUCCUGCCGCUCUCCGUCAUAUUUGACGUGUAUUAUUAUGUGCGGGCAUGGCUGAUUUUCAAGAUGUGCUCUGCGCCCAAACUGCACGACCAGCGUGUGAGAGACAUCCAGCGACAGGUGCGCGAGUGGAGGAAGGAGGGGGGUAAGACCUACAUGUGUACGGGUCGACCUGGCUGGCUGACUGUAUCUCUCAGAGUGGGAAAAUACAAGAAAACCCACAAGAACAUCAUGAUCAAUAUGAUGGACAUUCUGGAGGUGGACACAAAGAGGCAGGUGGUGAGAGUUGAGCCGCUGGCCAACAUGGGUCAGGUCACCGCUCUCCUCAACUCUAUUGGCUGGACGUUGCCAGUGUUGCCUGAGCUGGAUGACCUUACUGUGGGUGGUUUGGUGAUGGGUACAGGCAUCGAGUCAUCCUCUCAUAUUUAUGGGCUGUUCCAGCACAUCUGUGUCGCAUUUGAGCUGGUUUUAGCAGAUGGCAGCUUAGUUCGCUGCACUGAGGAGGAGAAUUCAGACCUCUUCCAUGCCGUCCCGUGGUCCUGUGGAACUCUGGGGUUCCUGGUUGCUGCUGAGAUUAAAAUAGUCCCUGCUAAGCCCUGGGUGAAGCUACGCUACGAGCCGGUCAAAGGGCUGGAGAACAUCUGUAAACGCUUCUCAGAGGCAUCGGAAAACAAGGACAACACAUUUGUCGAGGGAAUCCAGUAUACUCGGGACACCGCGGUCAUCAUGACAGGAACCAUGACUGACCACGCAGAGCCUGAUAAGAUUAACAGAAUUGGACUGCACUUUAAACCCUGGUUCUUUAAACACGUGGAGAGUUACCUGAAAGGCGACUACAACGGAAUCGAGUACAUCCCUCUCAGACAUUACUACCACAGACACACACGCAGCAUCUUCUGGGAGCUUCAGGAUAUCAUCCCCUUCGGGAACAACCCGGUGUUCCGCUGGCUUUUUGGCUGGAUGGUUCCUCCUAAGAUCUCUCUGCUGAAGCUCACCCAGGGCGAAACCAUCAGACGGCUUUACGAACAGCACCACGUGGUCCAGGACAUGCUCGUACCUAUGAAGCAUCUGCAGGCUGCCAUCACACGCUUUCACGAGGACAUCGAUGUCUACCCUCUGUGGUUGUGUCCAUUCCUGUUGCCACCAGGCAGAGGGAUGGUUCACCCCAAAGGUCAAGAAGAGGAGUUGUAUGUGGAUAUUGGGGCUUAUGGAGAACCAAAAGUCAAACACUUUGAAGCUAAAGCGUCAACACGUCAGCUGGAGAAGUUUGUCAGAGAUGUGCAUGGGUUCCAGAUGCUGUACGCAGAUGUAUACAUGGACCGUGAAGAGUUUUGGGAGAUGUUCGAUGGACAGCUCUAUCACAGACUGAGAGAGGAACUAGGCUGUAAGGAGGCCUUCCCAGAGGUUUACAACAAAAUCUGUAAAUCUGCCCGACACUGACCUACAGGACAUCUGGCUGAUAUCUGACCUCAGCCCCGUGAUACACUGAGACACUGUCGGCCUUCACUUCAGCUCAUGCUCAGUGACAGUUACUGGUUUUGGGAUGUUUCUGCCAAACGAAACAGCAAUUUGACACAAAGAUACAUCUCAGCAUUAUCUAAGGUGGAAUUAAGCUUUUAACACACUAUUACAAACUUAAAUACUUAUUUUUUUCACCCAGAUUGUGUCUUCAGAGUUCUCCUAUAAAUGUGAAGCAGGAACACAAGCAUUGUAAUGCUUUUACAUCAUGAAUGUAUUCUCCUUUUUUCCCUUUUCAUGGACAUUCCUUGCUUGAUUCAAACCAUUCUGUGUAACUUGAGAGCAUAUUGUACCAAAUUCCCCCUUAAUGUUUUAAUGUGUGCAUGUUGGACAACUUAUGUAUGUUUGUCUAGCUUAUCUAGUGUUCACUGCAGUCUUUUUGCAUAUUUCUUAUUACAUAUUUUAUUAACAGCCCAGCCUCACCGUUCAUUUCCCAAGUGCCAUGCACAUAGAAAACAUGACCUCCUAAUUAGCGUUAGAUAAAUACAUACAUUUUUGAUAAUUGUCAGUGAAUUUUUGAGUCCUAAAAAUGUAUUUUGUAACUUAUAGGGUAUUAUUUUGAUAUCCAAAUGAGAUCCUCUGGACUGUAUAAAUGAAUAAAAAUUAAAUGAAAUUAAAAAAACUGCAAUAAA